AUGGAGUGCUCCCGCCCCGACGAGGAACAGGGGGGGGCCGAACCGCGUCUGCCGGAUAUUGUCCUACAUGCAUCCACCCCGCGCCAGUCUCUCAACUACGAGACACCCGUCGUGUCGCCAGCGCUCUCGGGCCCUGUAGCGCCCGUCGCCGAGACGCAGAAUGAGGUCGCCAAAGACCAAGCCAGCGCCUCUGCUCCGCCUUAUGAGAAUGUUGAACACCACGAGCCUGCAGCUGGCGAAAGCUUGCCAGUUCCGCAGUCGCCGCCCCAGGUCGCACUUGUGGAUCCGGUGCCCAUCGACCAGGCCCCUGCCGGCAGCGAGGCCCCCGUGCCUAAGACGGGAGCUCAUGAGUCUGCUUCAGGCUCUGAAGCGGCAGCUGCUACACUUCGCAGGCCGAACGUGCCGCCCGUCGAGCCCCAAGGCACGCCAGCGGAGCAGGAGGAUGUGGAUGCGCUGCAGCAGAUGCUUAUGCAGCGAUGCAAGACGAUCGAGUUCCUUAAGCGUGCGAUCAGUGGCGAGGAGCAGUAUGUAUAUUCGGUCUUUUUCCGACGCGAGGACUUUUUGGGCGUGGUGCCCCAGCCAGCGCUCAUGGCGUGGCAUGCCAACAGCAGCCGAGUUUGUGAUGUGAUUGAAAAGUCGAUGGAGCUCACAUGGCCACACGAGGUGCUGGAAUGUGUAUCGCAGCUCGUACUUGAACUGCGUGCCGUGUCUCAUAAUGCUGAGUCGGGCAUGACCCCGUUGUCAGAGUCGGAGCAUGUUGAACCGGUGGAUAUUGUCGGCAAGAUCCUGACCUUGCUUGAUGCAUUGCAGAAGCUGUACGCCAAGCUGCUGCUAUGGCUCGACAGGAACACGCUCUCGUCGCUGGUGGAGGAGCACUAUCGUUUGCCGGUCAUGCCCUCCUACGAGCUGCUCGAAAUCCUGGGGCAGGUGGACCACGGUCUAAAGAAAUUUGUGAAGUGCGUGGCCAAGGACCUGUCUUUUGUGGCGCGCUGUGUGUGUCAGAACGAGAUCAGCGAGUGGGACAAGAUCCUAUGCCAUCGCCAACUUGAUUGGGAGGAUCUCGCUAAUCAACUCCAGCUGCGUUCCGAACGUCUCGCUCGCACUGUCGCGCCAACCAAGGGACCAUCAUGUCAUUCAUCGCCCGGUCUCUCGGAUGUGGAGAUGCUUGAUCCCUGUUUUAUUGAGAACGUGGAGAGCGUGAAACGCCACAGCCUCAUGUCCGUCUUUCGCAAGAGGAAGGACACGCGACGCCAGUCGAUGCCACCCAUGGACCUGGUGGGCCGCAUGCGUCAUUCGCUCUCCCGUUGCUCUAGCCUUCCUCCUGGUAUGAGCGUGACCUCGGUCUUUCCCGGCAUUGGCCGCGCGAGCACCGAUAUGGCCAGGCCGAAGUAG